UUAAUUUAAGAUCGCGAUUCAUUCUUUUCUAAUUAUUGAAAUUUUUUUUCAAUAUUUAAAGAAUUUUUCGUGGUCACAGAAUGCACGUGAUAGACAUUUAAUGACAAUUUUUAUUCCUUUUAAUAAUGGAAAUUUAAAUUAUUGGUGAAUUUCUUUCGGACAUUAAGUACAUUAUAAAAAUUGUUCAAUUCAGUUUUUAAGCAAUUUUCUUAUUGUAUUGAAUUAAAAAAAAGAAAAUGUUUUCGACUAUAAGGAUAAUAAGUAUUCUCAUUUUGGGAUUAUACCACCAAAGUGCUUUUGGCCAAACCAUCAUUACAGCUCAACCCAAGUUUGAUCAAAUAUCCAGAAAACCUAAUUUUGAUACACCGGAGUACAUUUUACCAUGCAACAGGACGGAUGUAAAGCUGGAUCUUUGUAUUCAAAAAUCCUUUAAUCAUUUGAGACCAUAUCUAGUUAGAGGAAUAUCGGAAUUGGAUCUGCCACCAAUCGAACCUCUAACUAUUCCAGAACUAGGAAUGAAAAAUGAUCAAGGUGCAGUGCGUGUUCAUGCCCUGUUUUCUAAUAUUACAGCAUUUGGACCUGGAAACUAUUCUGUAACAAAGGUUAGAGUUAACAUAACGACUCUACGGCUUGAUCUGCACUUAAAAAUUCCAAAAAUUGAUCUACAAGGACACUACAAAGUCGUAGGAAACAUUCUUCUGUUUCCAAUUCAAAGUGAAGGGAACUUUUGGGCUUCUUUCGGUGAUGUUGCAGCUAUCGCUAAAGUACAGGGUGUUGAAGAAAUACGAGAUGGAAUUAGCUAUAUGAGAAUAGCCCGUCUGAUCGUUGACUUUAAUUUGGAUACUGCCGCAUUCAAUGUGGUGGAUCAGUUGAAAAUCAAUAAUGUAUUGGGUCAAGCAAUGAAUAAGUUUCUCAAUGAGAAUGCUAAAGAAAUAAUUGAAGAAAUGAAACCAGCGGCAAGAUCAAGUAUUGCCAAGCAUUUUCAAACAUUUUUAAAUACAGCAUUCACUAAAGUUCCAAUGAAUGUUUGGCUACGAGAUAAUUAAUAUAUAAUAUGCAAAAAAUUUUUUUUUUCAAAAAUAAUUAUGGUUUCAAUAUCAGUAACAUACAUUUUCUAAUAUUUUUGUUAAUUUCUCCUCGGUGCAAUUCAGAUAUAAAAUAAAAUAGUUUGAAUUACUCCAAAUUGCCACUUUGUAAAAAUAAAUGGUACUUUUUUAUAGUGGCAUACAUUGUUAUUUUUAGAUAAAAAUGAAAAAAUACCAAAUUGAAAUAUUAUAUAAGUAAAUUAAGUUUCAUUAUUUUAGAAAGACUUGUACGUGUAUGUAGAUUGUAAAUUUUUUUUAGUAUUUAAAAUCCUUAAAUUUUUUUUUGAGAAAAUUAACAUUUGAAUGUUUAAAAAAUAAUUUUUUGGUUCUCAUUUAAUGCACAAAAUACAUUACUCUCAUUUUUAAAAGCCCGCACACAUCUUCAUGCAGCACUUGUGAAAAUGCAUAGUUUUAGAAUUGUAUUUUGCUAAGAUUAUUAUGGUAGAAAUAAAAUAACGUAAAGGGUGACAUCACUCAGAGUUUUUAAAGAAUCAGGUACGAAUUUUAAAAAAUUAAAAAAAUUAUUUUUAAAGCUGUAUUGUCUAGGUCUGACCACUGCGUUUUUUAACGUUUGUUCACAGUUGCGCCAUCUACAUUUGUGUGAAAAAAGCUGUUCACGAUGGCGUUAAAAAUUACACUCAAAGAAAAUAUUUAUUUGAACCAAAUAUAUAAUUUUUUGUAUUAACACAAUUUUUUGGUUGCUUCAAACAAAAAUUUAUUUGAUUCAAAAAAAAUAUUUAUUUUAUAUAAAUAAACAUUUAUUUGAUUCAAAAAAAUAUUUAUUUGAUCUAAAUAAACGAUCGGGAUAUUUUAAUAAAUUUUUGCGAAUGAAGAAAGAAUUUGUUUGAAUCAAAUAAACAUUUCGUUGAUUCAAUUAAAGUUUGGUUAACUGUAUAGCAAUGCAUUUUGUUGAUUUAACCAAAAUUUGGUUGUCAAUAAACUCGGUGUACCCACCCUUGGUGCAUAAUAUACUAUUAAAUUUCAAUAUUUUGUCUGGCAAGACAUUUUGUUAAUUUUUAUAAAACAAAUUAUUUCAUGAAAUUUCAAAAAUAAAGUAAUUUACUAUUUUGGGUUUAUAUUGCACAUAAUAUUCUUUUACUUAAAUUUAAUAAUAAUAAAAAUAAUAAUAACAAUAAUAAUAAUAAUAAUAAUAAUAAUAGUGUUAAUAAUUUUACGUACAAUUUGCAUGAAGUAGAACAACUUUGUAAUAUAUUUAGGUUUUAACAUAUAAAUAUUGCAAUAAAUUAUAUUUUGCGGUGUCGCUUUCUUUGGACAUUUAAUAUUAUAAGCUUAUUAUUAUAAAAGAUUUCUGUAUAAUGAUCAGUUGAGGUAAAUGGGGACAUGAGGUUAUAGAGCUUAAUUUACAGUUUUAAAAUUAAUUUCAACGUCAAUAUUUUAACCUCAGAUCACCUGCAAGAGGUUUUGAGUAUUGUCAAGCUUUUAUCUUGAUAAUUGGCAGCAAGAUAAAAAAAGUUAUCGCUCAAUGCAUAAAAACUUGAAAAUCAAAGUCAAACUGUUUCAGUAUUUUGCCUCCAUUUCAAAGAAAACAGACUUAAAAAUCAUACCAAAUUUUUUUCUUAUUCCUUAUGACUCCUAUAACAGAAAUUCACUUGAAUUUUUCAUUUUUGUCAAUUUGGUUAAUAAUGACAAGCUGUCCCCAUUUACCUUGAGUUUUCAAAUUUUUCGGGUAAAUGGGGACAGCUUGUCAUUAUUAACCAAAUUAUCAAAACUCAAAAAUUCAAGUGAAUUUCUGUUAUGAGAGUCAUAAGGAAUAAGAAAAAAAUUUGGUAUUUACCCCAAAUUUUAUGAAAUUUUCUAAAUUUUGGGGUAAAUGGGGACAGUCAGUUUCAUGCGUUUAAAGCUUAUCUAAAUUUUUUUCUGCUGCAUAAAAUUAAUCCUGGGAAUGUAAAUAACAACUAAAAAAAAGUAAACCCGAAAAUAUUACCUUUUAAAGAAAGAAACUUACGUAAUUUUUGAAAAAUAGCGAUUUUAUCCCCAUUUACCCCAACUGAUCCUAAAGUUUCUUAAAUAUGUUUUUAAACAAAAUAAAUACAAUAGUAAUGAAAAAACGUAUAUAAUAAAUUUAAAUGUAAACAAAAAUAUUAUAAGAGCAAAAAAUACAAUGUUUUGGUAAAAGAGAAAGUUUUUUUUUAAAUUAUUGUUAUAAUAAUUAUACAAGUAAGUUUAGCCUCAUAAUAAUUAGGUAAGUUUAAUUAUGUAGGUGAAAUCUUAUAAUUUACAUAUUUCUUUUUUUUUACACAAAAGGAUGUAACUAAAUUGAAAACACAAAAAAUAUAAUUUUUUACAUUAAAUCUCUUCCUUACAAUAAUUAUUAUUUAUAAACACAAAACAAAAACAAUUUGUAAGAAUAGAGAAAAAAAAAAUUUUUUUAACUAUAACUUAAAAUCAUUUUAUAUGAUUUAUCAAAAUUUUCUUAAUCGAUGAUUUUAUUCAAAAUAUUUUUUCCUUCUUUUUUUUAUGAAAAUAUUUGUGAAAAGAUUAUUAAAUAAUAAAAUUUAGAAGAAUUUAAAAUAAUCAGCUUAAGUUAUUAUAAAUCUCUGAUUUGAUAAAUUAAAUUUUUUUUAAAAAAUAUUUUCUGAAAACAUCCACCUAGAAUCUUAUUUCUCAGAAUAAGUUUUCUUCGUACAAUAUGAAACACAAUGCCUUGUGGGAAGUUGGCGCAGCGGAAACUCAUAAAAAUGUUCUUAAAAGGUCAAGAACGAAUGUAAAACAAUUCUUUUGUAUUUUGACAUUUUUUACUCUUAAUUUUUUUGACAAAAAAAAUUUAUAUGUGAAAAAAUGUUUAAUACAAAAAAAUUACCUCAAUAAAUGUCACUACGAAUUUCUUUUUAAAUUUAAAAAAAUAAACAUUUAUACUUGAAGAAAUUUUUAUUUUUUAGUUUUUCUUGAAAGCAAAUUUCGUGUUAAACAUUUCUUCACAUGCAUAAAUUUGUUCUCCUUAGGGCAGUAUUUACUGAGCUUAACAAUUUUUAUAGUCUAAAAAUGUCAGUGAAAACGUCUGGCAAUGUUCAGAUAAUUAAUUCUUGUAUUGUGUGGGUAGCCAGUCAACCAACAUGACUUAUGAGCCUUUAAUAUGAGAAUAACCUUAUGAAAGCUAACGCAGGAACUAGAUCCUGAAAUCUUACAAUGUUUAUGCUCUUAUUGUUCAAUUUCAAAUAUUAUUUUAGUUGAAAAUUACCUUCUCUUCCUAAAAAGUUGUUAAAACUCGUCUAUAUACUGAAAAUUUAAUUUAAUUAAAUCUUUCAUUUUUAACACAAGUAUUGUACUUUUUCAAGAAAAAAAUUAAUAUUUUUUUGGGUGUUUUGAUAUAUCUAAAAAAAACUUCCCUGGUGGAUUGAAAAAUAUGAAUGUGCGAUGAAUUCGUCGCACAUUCAUAGUGAGUGGAAAUAAUGUAAAAAUUAAUUAAAAUUUUUAAAAAUUACUAUUGAAUUGAAUAGAUAAACAAUUUAAUUAAUUUGUUAUUAUUGAUUAAUAAUAAAUAAAUUUGUAUUAGAGUCAGUUGGGGUAAAUAGGGAAGAAAUGGCUAUUUUUCACAAAUUACGUAAAUUUCUUCCUUUAAAAUGUAAUAUUUGCGGGUUUAUAAUUGUUUAAGUUGGUAUUUACAUUCCCAGGAUUAAUUUUAUGCAGCAGAAAAAAAAAUUUAGAUAAGCUUUAAACGCAUGAAACUGACUGUCCCCAUUUACCCCAAAAUUUAGAAAAUUUCAUAAAAUUUGGGGUAAAUACCAAAUUUUUUUCUUAUUCCUUAUGACUCCCAUAACAGAAAUUCACUUGAAUUUUUGAUUUUUCUCAAUUUGGUUAAUAAUGAAAAGCUGUCUCCAUUUACCCCAAAAAUUUGAAAACUCAGGGUAAUGGAAGACAGCUUGUCAUUAUUAACCAAAUUGAGAAAAAUCAAAAAUUCAAGUGAAUUUCUGUUAUAGGAGUCAUAAGGAAUAAGAAAAAAAUUUGGUAUGAUUUUUAAGUCUGUUUUCUUUGAAAUGGAGGCAAAAUACUGAAACAGUUUGACUUUGAUUUUCAAGUUUUUAUGCAUUGAGCGAUAACUUUUUUUAUCUUGCUGCCAAUUAUCAAGAUAAAAGCUUGACAAUACUCAAAACCUCUUGCAGGUGAUCUGAGGUUAAAAUAUUGACGUUGAAAUUAAUUUUAAAACUGUAAAUUAAGCUCCAAAACAUCUUGUCCCCAUUUACCCCAACUGACCCUAUUUUAUUUUUUAUUUUUAAAUUAGGCAACAAAGAAAACAAUUAUACUGUCAUCUAGCGUGUAAAACGCGCGGCAAUCAUUUUACCGAUAACGCCACAUUCUACUUUACAACAAAAUGAUAAUUUAAUAUUAAAUUUAUGUUUUAUGCAUUAAAUACAGACCAAUGUAAAUUCGUAACAUUUCAAUUAUAUACUUUAAAUAUUUCUAAAAUAAA